CGGGGAUUUGCUGCAUCAGCGGGCUGCUUCGUUCCAUUCAGCCGCUGACUGCGCGGGUGGAGGGCACGUGGUGAGGUGCUGUGUGGUGUGACGGAAAAACUCUUUUGGUAUUACUCUCAAGGCUGUGGGGAAACCAGUGACUGCCGCCGUAGAAUAUCUGGAAGAGAAGUACUGGGGAACCAAAGGCUUGUCUGAGUUGGGUCAGCUUGUACAGAAGCCAUCAUCAGAAUUUCUUUUGAAAAAGAUUCAUCGGGAUGACCACAUCAGCCCCACCAAGACUUCUGGAGCUGGCUGUGCAGAGCCUGCUGAGUAAUGAGUUCUUGGCCAUUGGCGCACUGGAGGAGCUGCCCGCAGAGCUCUUCCCGCCUCUCUUCAUGGCAGCCUAUACUAGGAGAUGCAGCAAGAUCCUCAAGGCCAUGGUGCAGGCCUGGCCCUUUGCUUGCCUCCCUCUGGGGGGCCUGAUGACAGAUCAUCAGCAUCACCAUGAGACACUUCAAGCUGCACUCAGUGGACUCGAUGUGCUACUUUCUCAAGAGGUUCGCCCCAGGCGGUGGAAACUGCAGGUGUUGGAUUUACGCAGCAAUGCACAUCAAGACUUCUGGACUGUAUGGUCUGGAACCAAGAUAGGUGUGUGGUCACUGAUGGAAAUAGAGGCUGCACAUCCUAUAAAGAAGAAACCAAAAGUGAAUGGUUUUGAGGCACACUCAGUGCAGCCCUUUGCUCCUGUGAAGGUGCUGGUAGACUUGUGUCUCAAGCAAGACAGGAAUGAUGAAUUGCUCACCUCCCUCAUGAAAAGAGUGAGGCAGAAAAAAGAUUUACUACACCUGUGCUGUAAGAAGCUGAGGAUUUUUGCAAUGCCCAUCCAUAAUAUUAAGAUGAUACUGAAAAUGGUGCAGCUGGACUCGAUCCAGGAUUUGGAAGUGAAUUGUACUUGGAAGCUGUCUACCUUUGGGAAUUUUGCUCCUUACCUGGGCCAAAUGCGUAAUCUGCGCAGACUUCUCCUUUCCCACAUCCUCACAACUCCCUGUAGUUACCCAGAGAAAGAGGAGCAUUAUGUCAAUCAGUUUACCUCUCAGUUCCUCAGCUUUCAUCACCUCCAGGAACUAUAUUUAGACUCUGUCUCCUUCCUUAAAGGCCGUCUGAACAAGGUGCUCAGGUGCCUGAAGAGCUCCCUGGAGACACUUUCAGUAACUAACUGCCUACUUUCAGAGUUAGACCUGAUGCAUCUAUCCCGGUGUCCCAACAUGAGUCAGUUAAGGGACCUGAGCCUGUGUGGAGUCAGUCUGACCGAUAUGAAUCCUGAGCCUCUCCGAGUUCUUCUGGAGAGAGCUGCCGCCACUCUUGAAGACCUGGACUUAGAUGAGUGUGGGAUUACAGACUCCCAGUUCAUUGCCAUCCUGCCUGCUCUGGGCCUGUGUUCCCAACUCACAACCUUCACCUUCUGUGGGAAUUCCAUCUCCAUGGCUGUGCUGCAGAAUCUUCUGCUCCGCACUAUUGGACUGAGCAAGCUAAGCCAUGUGUUGUAUCCUGCUCCUGUAGAGAGUUAUGAUAGCAACCAAGGCAUCCUCCACCUGGGAAGACUUGCCCAGCUACAUGCCACGCUAAAGCAGAUGUUAAAUGAUUCAGGGAGGCAAGCUGUGGUCUGGUUCAGUGCUAACCCCUGUCCUCAUUGUGGUGACAAGACUUUGUAUGACCCAGAACCCAUCCUUUGCCCCUGUUACAUGCCUCUUUAGCUGGCCACACAUAUUCAUAGCUUUAUUCUGAGCACAUGGACACUAAAGCUCAGAAUGUAAGUGCAUCCAAGAAGAACAGAGAAGCCUUAGUUUCAGAUAACAUCUCAGUAUUAAGUGGGAAAAGGGAAGUUGUUAUGGUUGGGGAUCAUAUGCUGAUGUAGGAAGAUACAUCUCACAGAGUUAGAAAUAAAAAUUUGUAUUUCUGCAAGGGAGGUUUGG